AUGCAUAAACCGUCAGUUGCAACUGAAAUUCCGGAACUUGACAGACUACGCCAUGGUACGCAAACCGUUAUUGGCGAGUAUAGGAAAAGGGAUAUGGCUUUUCGACCCUUUACUUAUGGACGUGUAGAGAACACACAGUAUGGACGUGUGGAGAACACACAGUAUGGACGUGUGGAGAACACACAGUAUGGACGUGUAGAGAACACACAGUAUGGACGUGUGGAGAACACACAGUAUGGACGUGAGGAGAACACACAGUAUGGACGUGUGGAGAACACACAGUAUGGACGUGUAGAGAACACACAGUAUGGACGUGUGGAGAACACACAGUAUGGACGUGUAGGGAACACACAGUAUGGACGUGAGGAGAACACACAGUAUGGACGUGUGGAGAACACACAGUAUGGACGUGUGGAGAACACACAGUAUGGACGUGUGGAGAACACACAGUAUGGACGUGUAGAGAACACACAGUAUGGACGUGUGGAGAACACACAGUAUGGACGUGUAGGGAACACACAGUAUGGACGUGAGGAGAACACACAGUAUGGACGUGUGGAGAACACACAGUAUCGACGUGUGGAGAACACACAGUAUCGACGUGUGGAGAACACACAGUAUGGACGUGUAGGGACCACACAGUAUGGACGUGUAGGGAACACACAGUAUGGACGUGUAGGUGACACACAGUAUGGACGUGCAGGGACCACACAGUAUGGACGUGUGGAGAACACACAGUACGGACGUGUGGAGAACACACAGUAUGGACGUGUGGAUAACACACAGUAUGGACGUGUAGGGAACACACAGUAUGGACGUGUGGAGAACACACAGUAUGGACGUGUGGAAAACACAUAG